CCCUCCGUGACCUGUGAGAAGCUCAGGCAGCAGCAUCACACUAUUUACCCUCCAGCAAGAGGUGGUUUCCUCCAUGUCCUGCAGUUUCCUCUAACCCUCGGGCAGUCAGGCACAUCUCACACUACUGUGCUCUGCUAAAGGUUGCCGUCCAGGACAGCAGUGGGAGGCUCAUUAUCUGCUGGUCAUAAUGUCAAUGCCUGGAACAAGAGGUCAGAUUUAUUGAUCCGUGUACUCUCAGCCCUGUUGCCAAAGAGAGAUUUUGGGACUUUUAAAACAUUGCUAGUGUGCAUGGACUAAUGAGGGUCACUAUGGACCUAGAGAAAUAUCAUGCAUUGCCGGUGUUACUCUUAUUUCUGGUGGGCACUCUGGCCCAGAUCACCCCCUCUGUCACUGGAUUAGUGAGGGAGUAUUAUGUGGCUGCUGUGAUAAGUGACUGGAACUACAGCAAUGGACAGAAUCAGAGCUCUGACUACGUCUUCAAGAAGAUCAUUUACAGGGAAUAUGAUGAAGGUUUUCAGAAGGCAAAACCCGCCUCUAAACUGUCAGGUAUUCUGGGACCAACGCUACGUGCAGAAGUUGGAGACACUUUAAAAGUUAAUUUUAAGAAUAUGGCUGCCAAACCUCUUACCAUUCAUCCACAAGGAAUUUCAUAUGGAAAACUAUCUGAAGGGGCAAGAUAUGAUGAUGGUACACCUCCUGUGGAAAAGAUGGAUGAUUCCGUUCUGCCAGGCCAAACCUACACCUAUACUUGGGACAUUACAGAGAAUAUGGGACCUGAGGAAGCUGACCAUGACUGUCUUACCAGUAUUUAUUAUUCCAUGGAAAACAUGGUACAAGAUAUGAAUUCUGGAUUAAUUGGUGCAUUGUUGAUAUGUAAAAAAGGAAGCCUCAAUAAUGAUGGGACACAAAAGCACUUUAAUAAAGAUUUUGUUCUGAUGUUUGCUGUUUUUGAUGAAAGUAAAAGCUGGCAAAACCUUCCAUCCACAAAACAGAGGCCUCUAAUGUACACUAUCAAUGGCUAUGUAAGAGGGACUGGGCCAGACUUCACAGCAUGUGUCAAUGACAAGAUCAGUUGGCAUCUAUUAGGCAUGAGCUCCAAACCUGAGUUCUUCUCAGUUCAUUUCUUUGGACAAUCCUUGGAGCAAAACCAUCAUAAAGUGUCCGUCAUAAGUCUCGCUGGCGCAGCUUCCACAACAGCAAACAUGACCAUAUAUCAGAGUGGCAGAUGGAUGAUAUCAUCCCUUGUUGAAAAGCAUAUAGAAGCUGGAAUGCAAAGUCAUUUUCAUGUGCAACCAUGUGCAGAUACAAAAGAGUUUGAUCUCCGUAAGUCUGUAUAUCAGACAAGAUACAUUCAAUGUUGGGAUCACUAUAUAGGUGCAAUUGAAGUUGAUUGGGAUUAUGCCUCUGGUAGUUCAGAGAACAGUGAGAGAAUGUACUGCCAGCAUCCAUUUAAGAAAGUCAUCUAUAAGCAGUUUACUGAUAGCACUUUCACAAUACCAAUGGAAAAUCCCAAAGAACUGGGACUGAUUGGGCCAGUCAUCCGAGCACUAGUCCGGGAGACAAUUAUGGUUGUAUUUAAAAACAUGGCUAGCCAGCCCCACAAUAUAUACCCACAUGGUGUGUCAUUACAGAGAUUGUUCGAAGGCUACGUUCUGAACCUAAAAGGUGAGGAGACACAGAAUAACACUGUCAUGCCUGGAGAAACAAUGACCUAUUAUUGGACUAUACUGGAAACUGAUGAGCCUACAAAAAGCGAUCCUCAGUGUUUAACAAGAAUUUAUCAUAGUACUGUUAACAUAGUUAAGGAUAUUGCAUCAGGACUUCUUGGUACUCUUCUCAUUUGCAAGCCACUGGCACUAAAUACCAGAAGAAUGCAGGAAAAAACUGAUGAAGAGCAAAUUGCAAUGUUUACAGUGUUUGAUGAGAAGAAAAGCUGGUACUAUGAGACUAACAAACCAAAACCUUGCAACAAGGUGCUUAACAAAGACCAAACCAGUCUAUACAAUUCUUACGUCAUUAACAGUAUAAAUGGAAUUAGCUUUGACAGUGCAAUUCUUGGAUUUUGUCACGGUCAUGUGGUUCAGUGGCAGGUUUCCAAUUUAGGAGUGCUGGAUGAAACCAUUACCUUACAGCUUAGUGGCCAUACGUUCAGAUACAGAGGCAGAAGUGGAGACAUAGUGACUCUCUUUCCAAUGACUGGGGAAAGCAUUUCCGUAGAAAUGAACAACCAAGGUGUUUGGCUAUUUGGAAAUUUCAACUCUAAAGGGAAACAAGGCACAAGACUAAGAUUUAGGGAUGCAAAAUGUGUAUCUAAAGAAGACUAUUAUGAUUCUCCAGAUGCUGCAUUUUCAUUUGAUUAUCCAGAAAUCAGAUCAAAUGGGGGUGACGGUAGUGAUGAAGAAGAAGUCAAUAUUGAUAAUGAAGACUUUGACUACACUGAAAACUUGGCCUUACAGUUUGGUAUUCGGUCACUUAGAAACAAUACAGCUGCAGUAGAAGAAGGUUUCAAUCUCACUGCUUUGGCCAUAGAAGAUAUGUAUGAAACCCUCACUGACAAUGUUCUUGUUCCUAGCUCCUCAAAUACAUCUAAGAAAUAUGACAAUGAUUCAUCCGAGUCUGAUGAGGAAGUACAUAUAAAAGGUGACACAUUGGAAGGAGGUCAGGACAUUCAUAAUAAAAGUGAUCUAACAGCAGCUCAGAAAGAAGGCAAAGACAAUAGUACAGAAGAACCUUAUGGUGUUUUCAUUUCAAGUGUUCACAAUGUCACAGGUCCCCAAAGUGACCAAAACAAUAGUCUAUCAGAAGAAGACAACAGUUUUACUACUUACCUUGAAAAAUCACUAAUUGGUAAAACAGAGAAGGACAGAGAAGCAAUACAGACAAAAGCAAAUACUUCUGAAAACACUGUGACAAAAAGAGAUGUGGAAAAUGCCAAUGGAAAUUUUUCUGCCAAUCACUUGGAUUCAAAUCAUAUUAGAGACAAAGAAAGUGAUUUGCUAAACAGUGGCAUAAUUGACGACUAUCCAUUUUUACCUACUGAAAUGUCUCAGUUCAUGGAACAGAACGAGGUCAACUUUAAAAGUGAGGUUGCAUCCCCUCAUUCAGAUAAUAAUGAUGUAGACAUAGCGGAUGAAGUGGUCCAAUCACAUGCCAGUACUUCGCCGUCCUUUCUGCAAAAUAAUCAGAUGACUCUCACAACUCCUAGAGUUACAGAGGACAAUACAUCAAGUCAGGCGGUUGUAUCAGAUACAUCAUUAUCCGAUUCUACGGUUGAUGAUUAUCUCGACACUGAAAUUAGAGAAAUGUUGGGUGCUCAGAUAUUUGAGGAUAUAAUGAAAUCCAUAUUUCACCAGCAACAAGGUAACGAAAAAGACCAUAAGGAGAAAGAAAAUCUAUCAGCGUCUCAGGAAAAUUUAGAAGAUAAGCUUGAUGAACUACAAAAUCAAUCACUGCCAUCUUCAAGUACCGUUAUACCCGAAAAGCAGCAAAAUGAAACGGCACAAGUAAAGAAAAGGAUUUACUUAAAAAAAAUUGAAACAUUUCAAAUUGGAGAAAUCACAAAUAACACAAGUAUUAGACCAUAUGUCCGAAGGAAAAAGAGAGUUGGAGAUUUGAAAGAAGAACAAGGGGUAAUCAAAAACCAUGUUUUAAAUGAAACCCAAACUAAGUCUGAUGAGCAUGCAUCAUCAAACGUAUCUCUGCACAGUGAUAUAGGGAACAAUACAUUUUCGCCCAGAGGAUUUAAUCCUAGAGGACUUAAUCCAAGAGGUUUCAAUCCUUCAGAAUUUAAUUCCAGUGGAAUCAAACCAGAAAUUAUAAUUGGAAUAUCCAGAGUCUAUGAUGGCAGUUACAAAGAGUAUGAUCCUGAUUCCCCCAAUUAUGAAGAAAGGAAAAAACCUAAAUAUAUUUUAAUUGAGGAACCAUACAGAACAGAGACAGAGGAUGAUGUAAGGCGUUAUACAAACCCAGAUAUAAUAUCCGAAAAUUACUUGCGCAGUGUGAAAGGAAUAAAGAGAAUUUACUAUAUUGCAGCUGAGGAAGUGCAGUGGGAUUAUUCUGGACAAACAAAGAGGUUCAAUGCAAAGGAGAACCUAAUACCUGACACAAGAGGGACUAUAUACACAAAAGUUGUAUUCAGAAAGUACCUAGACAGCACUUUCACAAAACCUGAUGUACCUGGUGAAUAUGAGGAACAUCUUGGUAUACUUGGACCUGUGAUCAGAGCUGAAAUUGAAGAUGUUAUUCAGGUUACUUUUAAAAAUUUAGCAUCACGACCUUACUCUAUUCACGCACAUGGGGUUUCCUAUGAAAAGUCAUCAGAAGGAUACAGCUAUGAGGAUGAAACCCAGGAGUGGCUGAAGAGGGAUGAUGCAGUGCAGCCUGGGGAUACACAUAUCUAUGUGUGGUAUGCCACAAAGGAGUCUGGACCGGAUCCAGAAGAGUCAGCGUGCAAAACAUGGGCUUAUUAUUCUGGGGUUAACACGGAGAAAGACAUCCAUUCAGGUCUCCUUGGUCCCCUGCUUAUCUGCAGAAAUGGAACUCUGAAUGAGCAAAGUAAUCAGCCAAUAGAUGCUCGUGAAUUCAUACUGCUAUUCAUGAGUUUUGAGGAAGAAAAAAGCUGGUACUUUGAAAAGAACUCAAAGAAAACAUGUACAAACAUAGCAGACAAAUCAUCAAGUGGAAAGAAAUGUCAUACCUUCCAUGCUAUAAAUGGAAUUAUUUACAAUCUGCCUGGUUUGCAGAUGUACCAGAAUGAGUUGGUGAGAUGGCAUAUGUUGAACAUGGGAAGUUCAAAAGAUAUCCAUGUGGUUUCUUUUCAUGGUCAAACUGUAACUGAAAAAUUAAAUACUGAAUUCCGACAUGCAGUUUAUCCUCUAAUACCUGGUACGUUUGCAACAAUUGAAAUGAAGCCAUCAAGGCCAGGUCUUUGGCUCCUAGAUACUGAAGUUGCAGAAUAUCAGCAAGCAGGAAUGCAAACAAUAUUUAACAUUGCAGAGGAAGAGUGUAAUUUUCCACUUGGCUUAGAAAGCAGAAUUAUAUCUGAUGAUCAGAUCACUGCAUCACAUUAUCUAGACCAUUGGGAGCCAAGGUUGGCAAGAUUAAACAAUGUAGGGUCAUAUAAUGCAUGGAGUGCCCAUAUGAAUAAAUCCUCAUUGCCUUGGAUCCAGGUGGAUUUGCAAAAACCUUUUUUAAUCUCUGGAAUAAAAACUCAGGGAGCCAAUAAAUAUUUCAGCCAAUACUACAUCACAGAGUUUUUCAUUUUAUAUAGUAAAGAUAGGAGAAAGUGGACCGCAUUUAAAGGCAACAGCACUGCUUUACAUAAGCUUUUUACUGCCAAUUCUGACUCAAGUAGUAUCAAGGAAAACCAGCUUGACCCUCCAAUUGCAGCACGGUACAUUCGAGUAUAUCCUACUAAGUACUAUAAUAAGCCUGCCCUUCGUAUGGAGCUGCUUGGAUGUGAAAUACAAGGCUGUUCUGCACCACUUGGUAUGGAGAAUUCUAAUAUCAAAGAUACGCAAAUAACAGCUUCUUCAUACAAGUCUUCCUGGUACUCAUCACCCUGGCUACCAUCUUUGGCACGUCUUAAUAAAGUUGGCAGUGUUAAUGCUUGGCAGGCAAAGUCGAACAACAAUCAGCAGUGGUUACAAAUUGAUUUCCUUGUAAGAAAGAAACUCACUGGAAUCACAACACAGGGGGCCAGAUAUAUUACAAGCGAGAUGUACGUGGAGUCCUACAGUGUCCAAUACAGUGACAAUGGGAAGACAUGGAAAUCAUACAUGGACGAAUCUACCUCAAUGGAAAAGAUAUUCAAAGGAAAUAGGAACAAUUUUGGACAUGGCAAGAAUGAGUUCAAUCCACCAAUUUAUUCACAAUACCUGAGGAUUAUUCCAAAAAGUUGGAAUCAAUGUAUUGUUAUGAGACUAGAAAUCUAUGGCUGUGACAUAUAAAUACUUUGCACUGAUUUGGAACAUUGUGAUGGAUUUUUAUACCAUUAGUUUGAUUUGAAAUUAUGGAAGUGUUUUUUAUUCCACAGAGAAAUCAGAUAAACAUUUGUCUUGCUGAUGAGUGGUACUAAAGUUCAGGGAUUGUUUUGGCAGUUCAGACACAAUAGGGUAUUGAAACUAUGCUUCUUGAUAGUUUAUUAUUUAUACCAUUGCUUCUGCAAUAUGUUAGUUAUUAUUAUAUAACUGCUUCUCUCUACCAGGAAAAAACUCAUAUUAACCAUUUACUAUUUCACUUUGCUUUUCUACAAAUAAACAGUUUUACUUUGUAUAAUAAA